AUGGUCGAAAUCGAGACUCCCGACCCUGAGGAGCUUGGAGGAAACGUCACCAAGCCCUUCAAGUUCGUUACUGCUGGCUACGAUGCUCGAUUCCCCAACCAAAACCAAACAAAGCAUUGCUGGCAAAACUAUGUCGACUACCACAAGUGUAUCCUAGCAAAGGGCGAGGACUUCAAACCGUGCAGACAGUUCUUUAUCGCAUACCGCUCGCUUUGCCCCGGCUACUGGGUCAGCAGAUGGGACGAUCAACGCGAAGCUGGAAACUUCCCAGUCGACCUGCAGCAUUAA